UGCACCGCCUUCUCUGACCUGUAGGACAUUUGAGCGCAGCGCGCGAGCUUCACGCGCGACUCGGAAAAAUGGCUCGUGUCUCUUUAAGAAGACGCUCACGUCUCUCCUUCUGUUGCACCGAGAGGCUGGCCGGUGUUUUUCCACUCAUGCCGAUGUCUAUUGGUCACCCAUUUCAAGAGACAAAGGUCGGAAAUAAAGGCUUAUAAAUUCAAUUUACCGCGACACAUCCAAUUCAGCGUCGCACGAGACACAAGAGGCACAAAGGAGACACUGGAGACACUUCUAUAGGAAUAAAAAAGGACAAAAAUCAGAGGAGCAUGGCACAAAAAGAGAAGCUUCAAUGUCUGAAGGACUUCCAUAAGGACACACUGAAGCCAUCCCCGGGAAAAAGCCCUGGCACCCGACCUGAAGAUGAAGCUGAGGGCAAACAUCCUCAGCGGGAGAAGUGGGCCAGCAAACUUGACUUUCUUCUGUCAGUGGCUGGAGGCUUUGUUGGUUUAGGAAAUGUCUGGCGUUUCCCAUACCUCUGCUAUAAGAAUGGUGGAGGAGCAUUUCUCAUCCCAUACUUCAUUUUCCUGUUCGGUGGAGGCCUACCUGUGUUUUUUCUGGAGGUGGCUCUUGGCCAAUUCACUUCUCAGGGAGGAAUCACUUGUUGGGAAAAAAUCUGCCCUAUCUUUACUGGUAUCGGCUAUGCUUCCAUUGUGAUUGUUUCCCUGCUGAACAUCUACUACAUUGUGAUUUUGGCUUGGGGCUUAUACUACCUGUUCCAGUCCUUCCAUCCUGACCUUCCCUGGGCCAGCUGCAAAAAUAGUUGGAACACAGAUUCCUGUAUAGAGGACACACUCCGGAAGAACAUGACUCAAGGGGGGGCUGUCAAUAUUUCCGACUACACAUCGCCAGUCACUGAGUUCUGGGAGCGCAACGUUCUUAGUAUUUCUGACGGCAUCGAGGACAUGGGCCCUGUUAAAUGGGACCUAGCUCUCUGUCUCCUUGCAAUGUGGGUCAUCUGUUUCUUUUGCAUAUGGAAGGGGGUGAAGUCUACAGGAAAGGUUGUGUACAUCACAGCAACUUUCCCUUUUGUCAUGCUGGCUAUCCUCCUGAUCCGGGGUGUCACACUUCCUGGAGCAGCCGAAGGAAUCAAAUUCUAUCUGUAUCCAAAUGUCACCCGUCUUCAAGAUCCUGUGGUUUGGAUUGAUGCAGGGACACAGAUUUUCUUUUCCUAUGCCAUUUGUCUGGGAGCAAUGACAUCACUGGGGAGCUACAACAAGUACAAAUACAACUGCUACAGGGACUGUUUGCUGCUGGGAGGCCUGAACAGCGCUACCAGUUUUGUGUCUGGCUUCGCAAUAUUUUCCAUCCUGGGCUUCAUGGCACAAGAGCAAGGGGUGGACAUUGCCGAUGUGGCAGAGUCAGGUCCUGGCCUGGCCUUCAUUGCUUACCCUAAAGCUGUGACGAUGAUGCCACUGCCUACAUUUUGGGCCAUUCUCUUCUUCAUCAUGCUUCUGCUACUUGGUCUCGACAGUCAGUUUGUUGAAGUGGAAGGACAGAUCACCUCACUGGUGGAUUUGUAUCCAUCCUUCCUAAGGAAGGGUUACCGUCGAGAAAUCUUCAUAGCUAUAAUAUGCUUUGUGAGCUACCUGCUGGGACUUGCCAUGGUCACUAAGGGUGGCAUGUAUGUGUUUCAGCUCUUUGACUACUAUGCAGCCAGUGGUGUGUGCCUUUUGUGGGUUGCAUUCUUUGAAUGCAUUGCAGUAGCCUGGAUUUAUGGUGCUGAUAAUUUCUAUGAUGCAAUUGAGGACAUGAUUGGAUACAGACCAAAUCCUUGGAUGAAGUGGUGCUGGACUGCGAUCACACCUAUACUUUGUGUGGGAUGCUUCAUCUUCUCUUUAGUCAAGUACAAGCCUCUGACGUACAACAAAAUCUACGAGUAUCCAGACUGGGCUAUUGGUUUGGGUUGGACUCUUGCUCUUGCCUCCAUGAUUUGCAUACCUAUGGUGGUUGUGAUCAAGAUUAUCCAGUCUGAAGGCCCUCUCAUUGAGAGGAUAAAAGCAGUGGCAGCUCCAGUGCGAGGCAGUACCAACCGAUCGAAGGGCUCAGAAACGUCACAUCCCCUUGACCCCAAUGGGAACAACGGCUUGAUCAAGCCCAGCCACACUAUUGUUGAAACCAUGAUGUGAGCGCUCUCUGUGAGAGAAUCCAAUCACCUUCUUUCCAAUAUAUAUAUAUAUAUAUAUAUAUAUAUAUAUAUAUAUAUAUAUAUAUAUAUAUAUAUAUAUAUAUAUAUAUAUAAUUAAAACAUGUUGACAUAGUCGUAGGACCAGGUUUACAUAUCUGCACUAGAAAUUUUCUUUCUUUCUUUCUGGGGUUUUUUUUUGUUUUUUUUUACAAAGGAAGUUACAAUUGUUUGUCUGUGCUUUUAAUAUUUUUAUCAUAACAUUGUUAUAUUACUGUUAUUACCGUUUGUGAUUGCGAUUUCCAUACACAAACACCAGUAUCACAAAAUCUUCAAAUAUUUAGUUUUUCUUUUCUUUUUCUUGUUUUUUUUUUUUUUUUUUUGUAAAUAUUGACAUUUAAAUGAUGAUGUUAGAGUGGACACACCAGACCAAUUUAGUGCUGCAAAUGGUAAAUGUUUAUAGUGUUUCGAAAGUAACUUUAGUGUACCUAGAUAAAAAGUGUAGUGUUGGACACUUUUCUUUUUUUGUAAGACGGCUGUGCAUAACUAUUUUAAUACCAAAAGUUAGACUGAAAACUAAUUGGAGAUUCAAAACUCAAAGAUUGUUGGUAAUGGAAGAGAGACACUACUCUAUUUUCUGGUGCGAGUUGUGGAACGCAUGGUUGAACACACUCAAAACACCACUGCACAUGAGACUUGAGUUAGCACAUCUAAAUUACCAUAAGCUGUCUUUAAAAGCACAAAUGGUCACACUAAUUCUUACGAUACUGAUCGAGCACAACAAGCUUUACAUUACAACAUCCAUUCUGCCCACCAGUUAUACACUGGGUCUGUAUUCAGAGUUGACCUAAGUUUGUAAGGUCCAGCAAUAUAUACGAGGGGAAAGUAGUCAGAGAUGGCCUGCACAAAUAGUUUUUAAUGGGCUCGUUUAAGAAAAUUUUCAGCAUGAUGUUUGUCUGCAUUUAUGGACAUAUUUUUUCCUUAGCCAAAGUGCUUGAGACUGGAUUUUACUGUAUCAAAAAAUAUUGAAAAAUUAGAACAAUUAAACCUGAACUAAGACAAGAACAAUAAAUACGGUCUGAAGAAAUAAAUAUGGCCAAAGUAAUACAAUGUAGUUUUGUAUUAUAACAAUACAUGAUAUCCAAAUGAGCAUUCAUUCAUUAAAAUCAGUUUAAUCAGAGUCUAGUUUGUUGGCAAAACAGGAUAUAAUAUGUAGCGGUACACUAACUCUAUUUUAUAUAUUUAUAAUUUCACAUUAAUAACUGCACGUUAUAUUUAACAAUCUGGCUUCCAACUUCAUUAUUCUUGAUCCAGCAUUGAUAUUAUUUAGUUAAAAAACAUUUAUAUAAUAAUGAGCACAUACAAAUUGUGUACUUGCGCAGAAGACAGUUAAAUGAAGCAUAGCUGUGGGAGGAAUGAAAUCCUUGGACUAAAUAGUUUUAAAUCAAUGUGCUGUCUUGUAAAAAAAUAUUUUUGAACUAGUGCCAAUGGUUUGAAGGACAAAAGUGCUUGUUUGCUAUUUUUACAGUCGGCUUUUAUAAUUGCCCUUUGAAGUUUUUCCUAUUAAAUGUAUCCGUUCUUGACAACCGUUAAAUAAGAUGCUCUCUAACUCCAAUGCUCUAUUUUUCAACCAUUUAACAUAAUGGAAUAUUAAAAAACAAAGAAAUAUAUUGACACUUGGGUAUACUUAUGGCAAAACACUUUAAAGGUAAUCUGCCUGACACUGAACUUAAUACUGCGACUGGAUCUUGGGUCCAGGUUUAAGAAAAAUGCAUGUCAAAGAUGCACCUGUUACCAAUAAGUUGAAUUAGACCAAAAACAACGAUCAACUUUCACACCUGAACAGCACAAUUUUGCAGUUAAUUCUGUUUUCUGGCGCCACAAUUUCAGCAUAAGAUUCUCCCCAAGUUACUCAACUCUGAAUACAGCCUAAGUACUGCAUCUUUUUGCAUUGUUCUUGUAUUGGUGCAAUUUGGUGCUCAAACAAAAUUCACUUCUAUUCACAUUUUAACACUCCCUAAAAAAUCCCUACUGUCAAUUAUUAUUAAUCAAUUUAAUAAGAAUGUAUCAGGGCGUAGACACAAACUUAUAUUGAAUUAUAUAUAAAAUGAUACUUGUCUAAGCUUUUUGUGUCACACCAAUUCAGAGGUAGUAUUUUAUGGUCAAAUCCAAGCUGUUUGUACAUGUCAUUUCUUUUUUUUUUUCCAUUGCCUGUUUGUAUUCUUAAUAUUAAGAUUGUUCUUGGCUUCUGUCAGCAAUUCUUAUAUUUUUAUAGGACAAAAGAUUUUAUAUAGAGCUUUUAAUCAGUGCAAUUGAUGGAAAUUUGUAAUGUGCAAUACUUUGUAGAAUGAUAUGCGUCGUUCCUGUCUUCUAAAGAAGAUGGUACUUGCAGUGAAAUUUCUUUAUAACAAAAAUAACAGGAAAUAUCAGGCACAUUGGGGCCAAUUAAUCAUUGCAAGGUAACACCGAGAAAAAAAAAAACAAUUACAAAAACAUUUACUUACUGUGAUACUUUACAUAAUUUAGUAUUUUGAGUUUGUCACAUAACAUAGUUACUUUUUCUUAUUAUGAUUUUGAACAGCCUGAUUUAGACUUAUACUGUAGAUCAUCAAGCAUUGUUGUUAAGCAACAUUAUUUGUUUUAAAUCUAAAAGUGUAAAAUGGCUUUAUUAAAAAUCAAAUAAGUUUUAGAGCAUAAAGUCCAGAGAUCAAUGGAAUAUUCCUUUUAUUUUUUUCCCCCCAACCUAAUCUUUAUCCUCCACAUGAUUGUUUAUACUGAGAAAAGAACCCGAGAGCAGUUUUUAGAGUAGCAGCUAUUCUUUUUUUUUUUUCUUACUUUUUUUAUAGGUAAAUGUACAAGUACAGGGAAACGUGUUCAAGCGAUUGUUGGUAAUUGCCCUCAUGCUGUAAUGAUGUAGCUCGAAAAAGCGGAAAAGCUUUGGAAUGUUCAGUUUAGUCUCAGGAUCUGAUCCUAAUGCAGAAACAGAGACUCAAAGAGAAAAAUCUGUUUUACACCUUCAUGGUUUGGCAAAGUGUUGAUGUUAAUUUAUGAUUUUUUUUUUUUUUUUUUUUGAAUGACAAACAAAAAUUCUUUUUAAAAGUUUUUGGAGUACCUAAAACAUUUUCUUAAUAAACAUUUAUUUUUGGAAAAAAAAAAAAAGAAAAAACAUCAUAAAGCCUUGUGCUUUUGCUGAACACUGCCAGAAAUGAUUUCUUAAAAAAAAAAAAAUUGAGGUGGAAUUUUUCAGACGUUAGUGAAUGCCUUUGCGUUCAUGAAGCAUACAGAGGGAAGCACUACCAUACUGUGUCUCUUUAAGGUGACCCAACAACAAUGCCGUUGCCAAGCCAGGGUUUUUUAACACAUGUCUGGCUUCCUAAAAUACGGCUUGUGAGGACACGACCAGAAGCACCAUGUUAGGUAAUGGAAAAACUGGGUCCAAGAUAAAACUGAACAUUGUAUAAAUGUGCUUCUCCGUUCUGUUCACUGCGUUAAUGUUUCAGGGGUCACUGAGAGUUGCACUGAGCCAAAAGGGCUGAUCUGUUGUUGUUUUUUUUGUUUUUUUUCCCCCCCUAGCUGCUGUUGUAGUGGUGAUCUUAUUUAAAGCAGACUGAUAGCCCCCAUGGGAUGAGAAAUCUGGAGAGCUUGCAGAAAUGCACAAAACUUCCCAAGCUUAACUUGCAGAAGGAAGAAUCAUUUCUUUCUCAGGGUACAUAUGAUUAAUGAGUCAAAUUCCCAACAGAGAUAUCUACUUUGUUUAUUAUCAGAGCAUGGAAAUUAAAACCAUAACACUGUGUCUUAGACAUAAAGUUUCAAUUAUUGCGCUUAAAAUAACGGGAUUACAUUUGUUUGUAUUUUUUAUUAAUCUAUAGUUCUGAAUUGCCGAAAUUGAUAUAAAGCACAAUGGUGUACAUUUUGACAUUUUACUGGAUAAAAGUUAUAUAAAAGUCUAUACAGUAUCUAUUACAUUAGCUUUUUAAUAUACAAGUGAGCCACAAGAGAAUCCAGGCCUACUGUUUUUUUAGGCCUCGCCCAAGGGCUUGGACAUGCCUCAGAUUUAAACUUGCAACCUUCUGCUUACUCGCAGGACAUGCCCAUUGCCUAUAGAACAGUUUUGCACUUUUGUGAUCGAUUUGUUUUAAUAAAUGGACAAUUCCCUUGCAUGCAUCAGCAUAAACCAGCCCUUUAUUUUUAUACCCUAACCAUUCAGAAUCAAGAAUUUAACAACGCUAUCAAUUGUUGGUUAAUUUACUGUAAUUUGGACAAUAGAGCAGCUGCACUCAUUCUGCAAGAGAAAUGUUUACUGAGGGUCUAAUAACUUAUUGUAGGAUUUUAGUCCAUAUAAAACGAUUUUAAAAUCGAUUUUUUAAUGUCGAAUGUUUCUGCGUGGAGAAAUUUGUUAGGCGUUAUUGUAAAAAUUCUCCAGAUGUCAGAAGGAAAGCGAUCACAUUUAAUAUCCAGAGAUGCUGGAGAAAGAAUGAAGGUUUAUACAGUAGCUGCUGUAAUGUAAGGAACGAUGUAAUGAAAACAGGAACUAACUUAUGCUUAUGGACAUUUCACUGAAUAUAGUUAUAUAGUGAUCCGCAUAUAGUAAACUAUAUAAAUAAUACAUUUAUUCAGAGUAUCUAUAGAGGUUGUUUUUUUUUAAUUGGAAUAACGGAUUGCUGUAGCAUUAAAGGUAUAAAAACAAAGCAUUUAAGAUUGUGCUGGUAUGGGCAUGUAAUCAACUUUACGGGAAAAAAAGCACCAAAGACAACAGAAAAAUAUAAAUCAUUGACUUGCAGUGAUCAAUAUUCAUCACAUUUCUGUUUUAGAAUUGUAAAAUUUGUACAAAGAAAUUACUUAUAUAAAAUUAUGGCUAUAAAAGACAUUAUUUAUGUACCGUUAUCCCAUGUCCAAUAAUUAUGAAUACCAUAAUUUAAUGUAUUAAAAGUUUUUUUAAUGCCAACUCUCAAAAUUUAUAAAAACAUUGACUCACUGAAGCUUAUUUCCUAAAACAUGACGUUUAGAUUCUUUUUUACAUUUUAAGGGGGUACAUCCGAAUGACUUAAUACACUGUAUUUAUACAUAAGUUAUUGAUUAAAUGAUUUAUUUCAUUCACUGUUUAAUUUUUUAUUUGUUUUUCGAACACAUGAACAACAGAUUUUUCUCAUUCUUUUUAAGUUUUCUUUCUUCUAAUAUUCUAUUAAAAAAACCGAAACUAUAUAUUGCUAAGCCUGACAAAUAACAAUAUAAAAACAUGUUGAUGAGCUGUAAUCACAAUAAAAAAAAUAAAAAAAGA